CUCAGAGCCUCAGAGUGAUGGAUUCACCUCAGCCUGGAACUCUUCCUCUGAGAGAAACUCCUCAUCAUCUCCUCAUCACCACAUCACCGCACCGGACAUCCACAUGACUGGAUUAUUAUUCUCUUCAGCCUGGAAAAGUUGUACAGUUGUUGCGCGGUUCGGUUUCGGCUCUAAAUCUCGGUUAUGUCACUGCUGUGUGUCAGAGUGAAAAAGGCCAAACUUCUAGGACCUCCAGAUAAGUUUAAUGUGUACGUGACUUUAAAGGUUCAGAAUGUCAAGAGCACAACCGUCACUGUUCGCGGGGACCAACCAUGCUGGGAGCAGGACUUCAUGUUUGAGAUUAACCGACUGGAUCUGGGGUUGCUGGUGGAACUCUGGAAUAAAGGCCUCAUCUGGGACACCAUGGUGGGAAUGGCCUGGAUUCCUCUCGACACCAUCCGCCAGUCCGAUCAGGAGGGUCCUGGUGAGUGGGUUUCGUUGGACUCUGAGGUCCUGAUGAAGGUGGAUGAGAUCUAUGGCACUAAAAACCCCACAGCUCAUCAGGUGCUGCUGGACACUCGCUUCGAGCUUCCCGUCGACAUCCCGGAGGACGAGGCUCAGUACUGGACCAAGAAGCUGGAGCGCAUCAAUACCCUGAGGAUUCAUGAUGAGGAUGAAGCACAAAGGAUGCCGGUCCACUCCGUCCCAUCCCAGUGCUCUUUGGAAGAUAAUGACAGCGCAGUUGACGAGAGAGAGAGUGAGAAUAACAGCCGUCCUCCACAAUACCACACCACAGCCCAGCCCAACUCCUCUCUGCACCAGUACCCAAUGGGACGAAGGUCUGAAACCGACUCCGUACACAACUAUGACCCGGACUACAGGGAAGGAGGUGGACCUAGCCCGGCGGACAGCUCUCGCUUUGGCUCGUCCGGUAACCUCAGCCAGGCCAGCUCCCAGUUCAGCUCCGAGCCAGAGGAAAGGACGGACCCGGACAACCGCGCCAGACCUCCCGCCGGCGCUCCGCCUCAGCCGCUCUCUCAGGACGUAGAAAAGGGUGAGAGAGAGAUACAGAUGAGCUCGAAAGAGGGACAAAAGAGGAGGCUGGUGCCUCGACAAUCACUGAUUAAUCAUGUGAAGAAGUCCGAGAGUUUCAGUAAAGUCGACCCUCCUUCCAUCGCACCAUCUCGCCUACUUUGGCUGAAGGCCAUCAACAAGGUCCAGUUUCAGCUGCACCAGAUGGAGAUCAGGAGGAGCAUCAGUGGAGGUGCUGGAGGGAUCUUUGAGAUCGACAGCAUGCCUGAUCUGCGCAGAAAGAAGCCGGUCCCGUUGGUUAGUGAAGUGGAAGGAGAACUUACAGACACCUUUUAUUCUCUCUCACAGUCGCUGGUGCAGUCCAGGAAGACCGCCAUCUCAUACUCACUGGCAUCUCGACCCUCGCUCAAAGACGAGGAUCUUAAGAGUCACGUGUAUAAGAAAACCCUACAGGCUCUGAUCUACCCCAUCUCCUACACAACCCCCCAUAACUUCGAGGUGUGGACGGCCACCACCCCUACCUACUGCUACGAGUGUGAGGGGCUGCUGUGGGGCAUCGCGCGCCAGGGCAUGAGGUGCACCGAGUGUGGCGUCAAAUGCCACGAGAAGUGCCAGGAGCUCCUGAAUGCAGACUGCCUACAGAGAGCGGCUGAGAAGAGCAGUAAGACGGGAGCUGAGGAUCGUAACCAGCACAUCAUCUCCUCCAUGAAGGACCGCAUGAAGAUCCGAGAGAGGAACAAGCCCGAGAUCUUCGAGGCCAUCCGCACCAUCUUCAACAUCACCAAACUCAACCACGCCCAGCAGAUGAAGGUGGUCAAGCAGAUCGUGCUGGACGGGACGUCCAAGUGGUCCGCCAAGAUCUCCAUCACAGUACGGAGCGCUCAGGGUCUCCAGGCUAAAGACCGCACUGGUUCCAGUGACCCGUACGUGACGGUGCAGGUGGGCAAAACCAAAAAGAGGACCAAGACCAUCUACGGUAACCUCAACCCCGUCUGGGAGGAGACCUUCAACUUCGAGUGCCACAACUCCUCAGAUCGGAUCAAGGUGCGCGUGUGGGACGAGGACGACGACAUCAAGUCCCGGGUGAAGCAGAGGCUGAAGAGGGAGUCGGACGAUUUCCUGGGUCAGAGCAUCAUCGAGGUUCGGACCCUGAGCGGAGAGAUGGACGUGUGGUACAACCUCGAGAAGCGCACAGAUAAAUCGGCCGUAUCGGGGGCCAUCAGGCUGCAGAUCAGUGUGGAGAUCAAAGGCGAGGAGAAAGUAGCACCAUACCACGUCCAGUACACCUGCCUGCACGAGAACAUCUUCCACUACCUGACGGAUGUGGAGGGGCAGGGCAUGGUGAAGCUCCCUUCAGCUCGAGGCGACGACGCGUGGAAGGUUUAUUUCGACGAGGUGGAGCAGGAGAUUGUGGAUGAGUUUGCCAUCCGCUAUGGUGUCGAGUCCAUCUACCAGGCCAUGACACACUUCGCCUGCCUCUCCUCUAAGUACAUGUGUCCUGGUGUUCCAGCUGUGAUGAGCACCCUGCUGGCCAACAUCAACGCUUUCUUUGCUCAUCCCACCUCCACCACCAGCGUCUCCGCCAGCGACCGCUUCUCAGCAUCUAACUUUGGAAGGGAGCGCUUCAUCAGACUGCUGGAUCAACUACACAACUCUCUACGUAUCGACCUGUCGUCCUACAGGAAUAACUUCCCGGGCAGCAGCAAACCUCGCCUGUCUGAUCUCAAAUCCACUGUGGACCUGCUGACCAGCAUCACUUUCUUCAGAAUGAAGGUACAGGAGCAGCAGGCCCCGCCCCGUGCCGCUCAUGUGGUGAGGGACUGUGUGAAGGCGUGUCUGAACUCUACAUACGAGUACAUCUUCAACAACUGCACCGAGCUCUACAGCACCCAGUUCCAGACCCACAGCCAGUCUAAGAAGAAAGAGGAAGACGAGGAUGAGGAGAAGGAGGAGGAGGUGGGGCCGAGCAUCCUCAACCUGGACUUCUGGUCUAAACUCAUCACACUCAUAGUGUCCAUCAUCGAGGAGGACCGGAACUCAUACACUCCUGUUAUAAACCAGUUUCCUCAGGAGCUGAACGUCGGGAGGGUCAGUGCAGAGGUCAUGUGGACGCUCUUUGCUCAGGACAUGAAGUAUGCACUGGAAGAGCAUGAGAAACACAGGUUGUGUAAGAGUGCGGAGUACAUGAACCUCCAUUUCAAAGUGAAGUGGCUUUUCAACGAGUACGUCAAAGAGCUGCCGGCCUUCUCAAACACCGUGCCGGAGUACCCCACGUGGUUUGUGGUGUUUGUCCUGCAGUGGUUGGCAGAGAAUGAGGACGUGUCCCUGGAGUUCAUGCACGGCGCCCUGGAGAGGGACAAGAGAGACGGGUUCCAGCCCACGUCUGAGCACGCUCUGUUCUCCUGCUCGGUGGUGGACGUCUUCACCCAGCUCAACCAGAGCUUUGACAUCAUCAAGAAGCUGGACUGUCCCGACCUCACCGUCAUCGGCCAGUACAACCGUCGCUUUGCCAAGACGAUCAGUAAAGUGUUGCUGCUGUACUGCACCAUCCUGUCCCAGUGCUUCCCUUCCUACUGCGAUAAGGAGAAGACUCCGUGUGUGUUGAUGAAUAACGUACAGCAGAUCCGGGUGAUGCUGGAGAAGAUGUUUGAGUUCAUGGGAGCCAAGCAGCUGGACUCAGAAGCAGCAGAAAUCCUGAAUGAUCUGCAGCUGAAACUCAACACAGUCCUGGAUAACCUGAGUGCCGUGUUUGCUAGCAGUUUUCAGACCCGUAUCGGGGCGUGUAUGCGUCAGGUGGGGGACGUGGUGUAUCAGAUGAAAGGACCUCUGAACAUGAACUCCAGGAGCAGUGCAGAAUCGGACGCGGUCGCCGUGCUCAGGCCGCUCAUGGAGUUCCUCGACUCACAUCUGAGUGUGUUUGCAGAUGUGUGUGAGAAGACGGUGCUGAAGCGGGUGCUGAAGGAUCUGUGGAGGAACGUUUUGAUCUGUAUGGAGAAAACCAUCGUGCUGCCCGAGAGCAACGACAGUAUUGGUGCUCAGCUUCUCACUGCAGCCAAAGAGCUCUCCAAACUCAAGGGAGGUGUUGAGGCCAGAGCUCUGACCCCGAGGCAGUGUUUGAUCAUGGAGGGAGCGCUGGACACCAUAAAGAACUUCUUCCAUGCUGGAGGUGAUGGCUUGAGGAAGUCGUACCUGGAGAAGAGCUCUGAGCUCCAGUCCCUCCAGUACGCUCUGUCUCUCUACACACAGAGCACCGACAAACUCGUACACACCUUCAUCAACACACAGCGUGCUCAAGUGCACAAUGGGGUGAGUGUGAGGGUCACACCUACAGAGAGCAUCCGUCCCGAAAAAGCCACUGGAGUGAACCAGCCUAUAGGCGAGGCUGUGAUUCAAAUGGACACGGCGCCCCCUGCUGUCAACACAGAGCAGAAGCUCCUCAUUAAAGUGAUCGCGGUGAACGAUAUGAAGUGGCAGACGUCAGGACUGUUCAGGCCGUUCGUGGAGGUCAGUCUGAUUGGUCCGAUGCUCUCUGAUAAGAAGCGCAAGUUCACCACCAAGUCCAAGAACAACUGCUGGUCAGCCAAGUACAACGAGAGCUUCCAGUUUGAGUUGGGUAAAGCUGUGAGUGCUGAGUGCUACGAGCUGCAGCUAACAGUGAAGGAUUACUGCUUUGGGCGUGCGGACCGAGUGGUGGGCGUGGCCGUGAUCCCCCUGUCCCUGGCCGUCGUACCCGAGAAGCAGAGCUUCGUGUGCUGGUGCCCGCUGGCACCGAGCAUCAGCACCGAUCAGACGGGCGCCACCACGCUCCGCAUCCUCGCCCAGCGCCAUGACGACGAGGUUGCCAAGGAGUUCAUCAGACUGAAGAGUGAGAGACGACACACGGAGGAGGGCAGGUAGAGAGAGCUAGGGACAGAGAGAGGGUGAGAGAGAGAGGGUGAGAGUGAGGGUGAGAGGGUGAGGGUGAGAGAGAGAGGGUGAGAGUGAGGGUGAGAGAGAGAGGGUGAGAGUGAGGGUGAGAGGGUGAGUGAGAGUGCAGUAAAAGGAGAAGCUAAAAAUAAGGGAGGAAGUGAGAGGCCAUGUUUUUGGAAGAUGGGGAAAUGAAACCACUGAAUGAAAGAUGGAGAAGCCUCUCCCACACACACACACACACACACACACACACACAUAAUCCAUAACAGUCUGAUCCUAAAUCUAAUCUAAAUCCUGUCCAGCUGGUCCCAGUUGCACCAGCUAUGCAGAAUUAUGUGCACUUGGGGCGUCUGAUCUCAGAUCUGAUCACACCUACACUGAGCGGUUUGCACACAGGGAUGCUAAUCUAAUUACUCCUACACACGCUCUUUCCUAUUGGUGGCCUUAAAAGGGGGCGGGUUUACAAGCCCCAAUUACUUUGGGACCUUAAUUAGCUAAUUGGACGUAUUUCUAAGCGUGGGCGGAGUCUGCAUGCGACUGUUCUUCUGAAUUUUGCCCCCAUUGAUCAGCCAGCCCACUCGCUUGCCCGUGAUUGGCUGAAAGACAUGACUGACAUGAGUUACAAUCCAAUCACGACCAAGCACGCGGGUGGAUCAUCUGUGCUAAACUUGUGCCAAGGGACUCGUUUGUGUUUACUGUAUCAUCAUAAAUGCACUGAAGUGUGGAGAACACAGAACUGAUCCUUUAUUUAUUACUUCUGUUUAUUAUGUACAUGUGAAGCCUGUAAAUAAAUGAUUUAUCAUAAA